AUGGAAAAAGAUGAAACCUUUUCUAAGUUUUGCAUGAAACUCAACCAUAUUGUGUCUGGCCUUAGAAACCUAGGAAAGAAAGUGACAGAUAAGAAGAUUAACAAGAAAAUUCUUAGGUCUUUACCUAAAAGGUUCAGAAUUAAAGUUGAAACACUGCAAGCAACUCAAAACAUCACUACCAUGCAAGUUGAUGAUGUUGUAGGUCAUAUUAAGAACUAUGAGAUGAAGUACUAUGGAAAUUCCCUAAAACCUAAAAACUUAGCCCUAAAAGCUUUAAAGUCUGAUUUUUCCAAGUCUGAGGUUAGGUAUGAUAGUGAGUCUGAUGAAGAAAUUGCUCUCAUAACUAGGAAGUUUAGAAAUUUGAUCAAGUCUGAAAAGAUGAAUGCAUUUAAGAAAGGGGGAGAGUCAAGGUUUAGGAAUAGAGAGUUUUCAUCUAGGGGAAGUCAUACAUCAACAGUUUGUCCAAGUCCAAAAAAUAGCUUUGUUGCUAAGAAAGAGUCCAAAGAUAAAAAGAAGGAUAAAGCAACGAAUGUUUCAGUUUCUAAAGAUAAAAAUGCUUCUUUUUUUGAUGAUUCUUCUAAUGAUGAUGAUAAUCCUCUUGCUUUUAUUACUUUUGUGAAUAAUGAUGUUUCUAAAAGAUUAUCUUUGUCUGACACAGAUGACUCGGAUUUUGAGGACAUAGCAAAAUCUAAUGAUGAAGAUUGUUACAAGGAAGCAACAAAGAAGAAUUAUGAUAAAGCCUUCAAUGAAUUAUAUGUUACAUAUGUUCAAACGAAGAAAGGCUUCAAUAAACAAGCUAGAGAAUUGAAAGAAGUUGAGAAGCAAAGAGAUGCUCUGAAGAAGGAAAGUGAACAGAAAAAGAAGGAGAUUGAAGAUCUUCAUGGAAAGAUAAGAUUCCUAGAAGGUGAGGUUCAAGUCUUCAACAUUGGCCUUGAAAUACAUUCUGCCAUCCUUGAACCUGUUCCAAAUUCUUUGAAUAGGUUCAAGAAUCCUAAUAAACUAUGGAAAGUUUAG